AUGUACAAGGAUUCGGUCGAGCCACCGAACCCACUUGCCCGAGCAAAGGCGGUCUACAACAGAGUCGUCUCGCGGACGCUUGCCAAUGGAACCACUACGGCAUCAUACUAUGCCACGAUACACGUGGCUGCCACCAACCUACUGGCCGACACUGCGUUUGCCCGAGGACAACGAGCUUACAUUGGACGAGUGUGCAUGGACCGGCCCGAGACAUGCCCGGAUUACUACCGAGACGAGAGUACGGAUGAGACGAUAGCCAAUACACAAGCGAGCAUCGACCAUUGCAAGUCGCUGGAUCCUUCUGGGGAGCUGUUGGCACACAUCGUCACACCCCGCUUUGCUCCCAGCUGUCUGCCCGAAACACUGUCGCGGCUGGGUGAGCUGGCAAAGGACCAAAAUCUUCGAGUGCAGACGCACAUUUCGGAAAACCUGAAUGAGAUCAAACUCGUCAAGCAGCUGUUUCCGGACCAGGCUAGUUAUAGUGACGUCUACGACCACCAUGGGCUGUUGACGCCACGCACCAUUCUAGCCCACGCCAUCCAUCUCAGCAGAGACGAGAUGAGACUGAUCAAAUGCAGAGAAGCAAAGAUCAGCCAUUGUCCCGCCAGCAACAGCGCGCUGGGUAGUGGCUUCUGCCCCGUACGAGUAUUGUUGGAUGAAGGGCUCGAGGUUGGUCUGGGGACGGACGUCAGCGGUGGAUAUAGCUCCAGUAUCCUCGAUGCGGUCCGCAACGCUUGCAUGGUGAGUCGCCAUGUCAGCUAUCUCCAUGAUGGUGAUGGGAGAUACAAUGUUGGUGUUGCCGAGGCACUGUGGCUGGCCACCGUGGGCGGGGCAAAGGUGGUCGGCAUGGAAGGGCGGCUAGGCAGGUUUGAGGUAGGGAUGCUGUGGGAUGUUCAAGAAAUCGUCCUGGGCAAUGUCGACUCGAAUGGCGAUGGAGAUGAUGCGGAAGUGGACGUCUUUGGCUGGGAGAGCUGGGAAGACCGCGUCGACAAGUGGGUGUGGAAUGGGGACGAUAGGAAUGUCCGGCGGGUAUGGGUUGGUGGCAGGUUGGUUCAUGAGAGGCGGUGA